AUGGAGCCGGCGACCUUCGAAGCAGAUAGGGAAGAAGAGCUUGCUUUGUCUUUCGAUCUUGAAGAAGAUGCAGUCCGCAAGGAAGAGCUUUCAAGUUCCGGCUCCCGUGGGCGGUCAAUAAUCGACCAGAAGUAUCGCAUAGCUGAACAGCAACUAUUGCAAGAAGGGAAACUAGGCGAUACCGGGAUCUCUGCUCGCAUCAAGAGAGCUACCUUUGGGGUGUUCAACGAACAGCCCGCCUGCCUCGUCCAUGUGCGGCUGGAUUUCUGCCCCAAGAAUGGUAGAAGCUUUUUCCGGUUUCGGAGCGCCAUCAUCACCAUCGAAUUUGAGGAGGUAGAGGAUGUAGUCACAUCUCAAGACGAAGUAAGUAAGAAUCUGGCGUCUGAUGACGACAAGAAAGCUUACGAAAGACCCCUUGUACUACGGUUCUACCCAGAACUCAUACGUGGCCACAUACAGCACACAGUACAAACACAUGGCAUCAAACUCUAUGCUGAGCCCGCCUCAAUCGGCGUAGGAGCGGAAAUUGGUGGAUCAAGAACCUUCCAAAGAGAAGGGAAACAUAUCAUUCAUGGUCGCCUCAUCAAGGCCCAACAGACCGUGAAAUGGACAAUCAAUGAAAAUGAGGCGACCAAGAGCGGUAUCUAUGAGCAGCCGUCAUUUGCAGUGAUCGUGAGAUAUGGCCUAGAAAGAGGGUUUGCCAUGAAAUUGGCCAUGAAAGCGACGACGUAUGGAGGUCUCUCUGUGAAGGGGAAGAAGAGCUCAAGAGUAGUCUUCAAGAAACCAGACAAGCUGAUGGAUAGCGAUUUGGAGAAAGAGAAUUUAGAGGAGUUGACCAAUAUGAAGGCUGAAUUGCUAGGAAGGGAAGGACCAGGCGCCGGAGGAGGUCUUCAGGCAGAACAGGAUGCUAUUUUGGGCGAAUAG